AUGAGAUAUUGCCAACCAGUGCUUGAUAACACACCCAGUUCCUAUAAAUACGAGAACGAGAAGCCGUCAUUCGUCGUCGUAGAUGCCGGUGCCAAUGUCGAGAAGGACAAAAAGCGGAAUUUCGGACGCCACGAUAAGAAAUAUGUGCUUCUACCGUACUAUCAAGAGUUGUCCCAGUGUUUGGACGUUCAUCUUGAACACAUCAAACACGGGCUACUUAUCUCGGCAAUUGUGAACGAAAAUAGACCAGCUCUGAGGAAUUAUAUUCAUGCAUUGAAGAAAUUCAUUGACGCUCAUGGUUUUCGAUUUUCAAAAGAAGACCAUAUAAAAUUUAUCAAACUUAUGUAUCUAAUCAUGAUUAAGAAGGAUCAAUGGCAUGAUGUGGUCCACUAUGCGGCGAAGGCGUUGGAAAAGUUGAUCAACAAAUGUUAUUUUACGCACGAAGAUAUGGUUUUGGAAUGGGAGCCUGUGUAUGACUUGUAUUAUGGAGCAACAUACGGGAAAUUGGAGGACGUGGACGGUUCGCGGAUACGUACUGCUACAUUCCGUCUAAAGCGGUUUUAUAGCCCUGCGGAAACUCCCAAAAUUUGGAAGAAAGUUCAAAUCCACUUAGCUCCUCGUUAUUCUUGCAAGGAGUUCUGUGAAAUGGCUUUACUUUUCCUCAACGUUCGAAUGUCCACCGAGGAUCAUAAAAAAUAUGGUGCCUCAUUAUGGUUUGAAACUAUGUGGAAGAUGUACGAGUUUGUGGAAAUGGGAAAAAACUGGGGAGAAGACCUGCCAAUUUUGUUUGCAACGCUAGCUUAUCACAAUCCGGAUUUUAUGGAUUGGCGGCCUAUGUAUGACUCCAUAUUCACUCGUAUCAUUCGUGCUAUGGGGCUUUGCAUCCGGGAGGGCAAAAUUGUUGUUGGUGAUGGAACUGGUUCUUCAAGCUUGGAUGGGUUCGCAAAAUUUGUUUCUUCCACAAUUGGUGGUCCAUAUAGUUGCCAAAAACAUCUUGACCGCAUGAUGAAAUUGAUUGAGCCAUUCAUGCAUCCUGCAAAUGAAAGCGACCAUACCGCAACAGUACUGCUUUUCUUCCAAAAUUUGCUGAGAGAAUUUGCAGCUCGCUAUGAAGAAGAACGUGUUAAAAAGCAUAGACGCCAGGUCGCAAAGGAAUUUUAUCUCAACGACAAUGACAUCCGAUUAUUCGUCAUGUCCAUACUCCAGUCUCUUCUCUACUCGCUUUAUUCGAAAGAUGGUAAAAGUUACGAUCUGCCAGCAAAGCUUGUCAUGAUCUUAGCAGCACUCGAGCCGGGCCGCGUAUUUCCUAAAUUUCUUGAACAGGUGUAUCCAGCAAUGUUUGCUGUUUGCGAACCUCACCGACUCACACAAACGUUGGACUGCAUGUUUGAGUUGAUGUACAUCAUUGCAUGUGAUGAAAAAGUUGGUAUCGAACGCAUGAAAAUGGAAAAGGAUUGGUUAGAGGAAAUGGAAAAGCAAAGGCCAGCAUACUCUCCCCUACUAGAAUAUUCCAUACAAAAAUUGUCAGUAAAACACAAAUGGAAAAUUAGGGACAAUUUAACGACAUUUCGAUAUCAUCUUUUUUAUUUCUUCGAAAUUUUGAUUGCUGGUAUCGAUAUCAAUGAUGUGAACAAGGCAAACAUAUCUAUUCAUAAUCUCACUCUCCUCUUUUAUAUAAUGCCUCUACUCGAUUAUUCGGACUGUGUCAAGUACCAUAAAGAUUUGACUCCUGACGAGAAAUCCUUGUGCAUUUUGUCAGCUAGAUUGCCGGUGCUGGCAGAACUUACCCUUGAUAAAAUCUUACAAAUUAUUCAAUGCCUUGCUAUCACGAGCCCUAAAGACUCAACGACGGCACUUGGAAGUUUCAAGGAUGAAGAAACGCGAGAGGGUGACGAAGAGCACGUGCUGAAAAAAGCGAUAGAUAGAUGCGUCACUGCUUUGUUUACAAACACAGCUGACUGCAUAACAUCAAAACUGGCGCAAAAGGUCCUAACGUUUGUGAAGACCAUCCAGUUUGAGAGUCAGAUCGCAACAGAUAUGAUAUCAUCGUUGAUUUCCCAAAUGACAUACGCAUCACCAAGGUUUUGGCUACCAUUUGCUGAUCAUGUUCUCCGUAAUCUUCGCGAACUCCUGACGCCUGAAGCACAAGCUGCUGAAGAACUGGAAACUUCUACACAAUGGUUUGUUACAUUGGCUGGAUCGUUGUUGUCCACAACCAGUGAAAACUACAUUCAAAAUAAGGAUGUAUGUUUUGAAAUGAUUGGUCUACUUGUAGCUUGCAAAAAUAAAGUCGCUUAUAGUAAUGGAGCGAUAGGACUUUGGUAUAUGUUAUAUAUGCUAUCUCGGAUAUAUCCAGAGAACUCGCGAUAUAUCAGCGAUCGUCUAAAUCGACCACUUAGUGAAUGGGUUCCUGUGCGAGAAUGGGCCAUACUGUAUGAACUUCAAGAUGCGAAGAUGGCUUGGUAUGUCCCUGGUGAGCCAGGGAAAAAGCUGGUAAAGUCACUUUUGGAGAAAUUUGUCUUCCCUGUGGCUGACUCGUUACGAGAUGAAAAAAUGGAUAGAGACGCUUUGAAGAAAGCUUUUACCGUACUGAGCUAUGGCUUAAGCGGAUCUAUAACAUGUUUUCCAAUGCCGUCAUCUCCACCUUUCCAAUCACCCAAUACCGUUUUACCGUGGUUCAAGGCCGAUAUAGGAAAUCCCUCUAUAGUCAACUGGGAUAUACCUCACCCUUCGGGCAGAAACUUUCGCGAAGAACUUGUAGAUAUACUAGAAAAGGUCAUCAAACGAUUAGUGACGUCCAAACGAGAGCACACACAAGUUUUAGCUGGUAUAUGCCGGAUACUUCAUAACUUGAUUGAAACAAGCUAUACCGACUCGCACCAACUGGACAUAGCCUCAGGCGAACACUCGGAUAUUUACAACUAUUUAACGACCCCACUCUCGAGAAAAGUCCAGAUCUUUGUAUUGGAAUCUCAAGCAUAUGUUUCGCAUAUGCGCAUUGUUGUUGAAUCUCCCGAACGAGCAUUUACUUUGUUUCACCUAAAAGUGUUUCAUAUGCUGGCAGGCCUAACGAUAAAUGAUUACUCUGAGGUCCGAGGAGAGGCGCGUUCAGUUUUGUCUUCUUUAUUCUCCGAGUAUGCAAUUGCUAAGGAGACAAUUGUCGACGAUAUAUUGCCCACAUUGAGCGAUCCGAACAGCACAAGAGAUCAUCUCAAGGGUGCCCUUUGCAUGAUUUCACAAUCAAGUUGGGCUACAGCAAGCACUGUCGGUACAAAGAAAAAAGUUUGGAAAGCAAUCAUCGAGAUGAAGGUGGUUGAUUAUCCAGAAGUUAUAGAUUUGUAUGACGAUUUGUGGAAUGAGAUUGGAAAGAUGCAAAAACCAGCUCGAAAGCAUUACGAAUGCAAGAAGAUUAACGAUUUUUGCAAACUAUGGCUUGAUAAGCUUCCAAAAAGUGGAGAAUGGGCGAAAUUUGGAGAUCCAAAAGUUUUGGAAGCGACAAUAAAGUUGAGAGCAGAACGGAGGACUGCGAAUAAGAAGGAGCAGGAGGCACUUGUAGAGAUGUUAUUGGGACUUUAUGCCAGGAAAGAUUUAUUACACACAAGGAUAAAGUUGUGUCGUGCAAUGCUUUGGCGAUGUCAGAAGGAGAAAUGUGGAUUGAAAACCAUAAAGAUUCUCCUGGGUAAAUUUGUGGACGAUGAGGAAUUCUUGCGUGAAAGAUGUGCUGACGAACUAUCAUUCUGGUUGAAGAAGAACAAACCAAAAACGAAAAGGAUGAAGUGGACAUGUCCAAAAAAGGCAGAAGACGUCUUUCUCAAAUGUGGACUUCGCCAAGACAAUCUUCCAUUAGUCUACGAUUCUCAGAAUUUGCCUAAAACCGAAGAAAAAUGGAAUAAGACCGUGUUCUUUUCAAAACAGUUCGGUAGCUAUCAGUGGCCAGACUCAAUAAGCGUGGUUGUAUACGCUUCCCAAUCGCAGCUGGAUCGCAAACCUCUAAACGAAAGCGAAAAAGCUAUAGUUGAAGCUUUUGAAAACGAAGCAUUCUUCGACAAAUGGAUCAGCUUGCUCCUUAUUGAAAAGCACGAUAGCAAAGAAGUGAAUGAUAAUACGGUGUGGAUGAUAAAAUACCUGCUGAGAGAUUUUCCCGAUAGCACUAUCAUAUACAACAAAGUCACCAAAACCUUAGCUGGACUGAUGAAAAGUAGAAAGAGAGCCGAGCAAAGACUAGCAGCAGAAAUCUUUACCGGGACCUGCAAAGGCACAAAAUAUCUUGGUUUUAAGAAGUUAAACGAGCUGUGGAGUUGGUUAGCUCCUGCUGUAGAUCGCUUGUACGAUCAUAUGAAUGCGGAUGCAUAUUCGGCUUGGCAGAGUUGUAUCACAGAUGUGCUCCAACGUGAUGACACUAGAAGAUUUUGGUGGCUUAUCGAACGUCUGCUUGCUAGUAUGACGCGUCCAGCACCUACCGCUUGGCAUCAGGGAAUUCGCUCUCAGAUCUUAUUGGCCACUGAUUGGCGGGAGACCGAAACGCGCAAGAGAAUUUGUCACAUCGCUUGGAAAAGUCUGCCCAAAGCUACCAUUGAAACCCAACGUUUAGGAAUAUCAGCGUCUCUGAAAUAUGUCUGUACAGUUCUAGAAGCAAAUAUGAACAAUGAUCUCAAAAGUUUACCAAAAAGAUUCCAGCUGGAACCUAUAGAUGUUUGGCUCAAACGUUUCGAAAAUAAGAUAGACGUACUUGCUAGUAUAGACACUUCUCCGCCAAAACAAUCUCAGACAUCCGUCAUAAAAACUGAUCCGACGCAGCGUAGUACAUCAGAUGCAGAGAUCAAGCCUUCUUCAUCGGAAAAGGAAUUCAAAUCUUUGGCCACAGCUUCAGAAAGUAUAAACGCGGAGCCGCAGAUCUAUCUAAGAACGCUGCUCGAGUUUCUGCUACAAUAUUAUGAUGAUUGUAUGACAUGCUUGACACCUGGCAUCAUCUCCUUAUUCCCAAUGCUUAUAGAGUAUGCCAAUGAGGAUGAAAAUGAAAGUAACGAAUCCUUCAAGGACAUUGACAUCAGAAAUAAUGCCAGCUCAUUAGUGCAUGAAUAUAUGUCCAGCCUACUAGUCAAUGUAAAGUUUGCUGAAUCCUUUCCCGACGUUGUCAUCAAAACUUUCCAUCGAUCUUAUCAAUGGCGUGUACGCGUCUCGGUGCUGAAAUUCAUACAGGUUUUGGUGUUCUCAAAUAUUUAUGUACUAGAGAAAUAUUCUGCUCCUACUAAUGUGAUGCAACUGCUAUUUGAGGCCUUAAAAGAUAGACAGGUAGAAGUACGUCUUGAAGCAUCUCGUUGUUUGCUGACUCUAAUUUUCUGCGAUUUUGCUAAAAUUGAUAAAAACCUCCAGGAUAAAAUUGACUUAUACUAUAAGAGCAAGAUUCGAUGUACAUUGCAUGGUGCUGUACUAGCCAUGGGUGCGGUUGUUAUGGCGCAUCCUUUUUCUACUCCUCCUUAUCUGAUUCCCAUGCUCAAAUGUCUUUGUGCCAUAACUAGUCAUAGCGCAGAGUUACAGAAAGCAGCAACUGAUGCCCUCCGUGAAUUCCGACGCAGUCAUAGAGAAAACUGGGAGAAGACCGCAUCAAUAAUAGGAUCAGAACUCAUCUAUCAGAUUGAAAAUGCAAUUGCACCGAUAUACUACGCUUAAUACUUCUUUGAUACCACAUAACACUUUCCCAAUCGC